CAGGACCAGAGCUCGAACCCGUGUCCCCUGCAUUGGCAGGCGGAUUCUUAACCACUGCGCGACCAGGGAAGUCCCAAGCAUCAGUUCUUUAAUGAUUGAAAUGCUUUCUAACAAUAUUCCGAGAUCGGGACUGAUAAAAUAGUGAUUUUCUUUUACAGAGGCAGCAGCACUUUGGGGUAAAGCUGAAUACCCAAGGACCCCCUUUACAACCUUGUUUUCUGCACUGAGGUUGUGUGAGUGCUGUUAGACCAAAACGAAUCUUUAGCUUACAAUCUGAAGCAAAAAGUGCUCACCUAAAAUGCAGUUUCUCCUAGAGGAUUAAGCGAUACCGUGCACAGAGUAAUUGUUGGCAACACCUUCCUCACUCUAGACUUAAGCAUUUAAACGUGUAGGACGAUGAAUGGGGUUUACUUUCCAGGCUGGAGGCGAGCAUUUACUUACCUUGGAGCCUUUACGACAACGUGUGAAAAUAGGUGACCAAUUUUGCCGCCGCCGGAGACCUGAGUUAGUGGCUGGCUUAGCCAAGGGUCGCACCUGGGCCCGGCCCCAGCUAUCACCUCAGUGAUCUCACUCACCGCAGCUUCCGCCGAGCACGCUGCAGGCUGGGCAGGACCCCGGAACACAGCCUUCGUAACCCAGAGAAGGAAUAAGGUUUCUUCCCGCCGCGGCGUCUGCGGACUGGCCCUCGGGGGGGCGGGGCUUCCGGCCGGCGCGGAGCCGCUUCCGGCCGGCACGGCCGGCCUCAGUCGCCGCGGGCCCACGCGGGCGGGAAAGGACCGGGCGGCGCUGGCGGACGCAGCCGUGGGUGGGGCGGGCUCCAGGCACAGCGGCCCUGGAGCAUUCCUUUUCCCUUCCGGACCUCCCUCUCCUGCAAAACCACCCGGAUCGGCCUCUCUUCCCGCUGGCCUGGCUCAUUCAUUUCACUCCUCCCCCGGAGUUGUCCGCCCUUGGAGGAGUGGGCGGGCCCGACUAGCAGGCGGAACCCGCGUGGAGCCUGGCGCGGUGGUGCAGAGACCGCGGAACCCAGGACGGCACAAAGGACUUGAUGCCCGAACCGGGUCAUUAUCUGCAUUAUCACCGAGUCUUCCCAACAACUCGUUGUGAUGGAGAGUGGUAUUCUCCCCAUUUUAUAGUUGCGGAAAAUGAAGCCUCAGUAACUUUGCCCAGCCUACUCACACAGUAAAUAAUAGCGUCAGAAAUUGACUUACCAUGCCUCUGCAAUGCCUCUCUUCUAUACUUGUAAGCCAAGUGUUUGACAAAUGCCCUUUGAACAUCUUUCGUCUCAGCUCUGUAUUCAUCUGCCCUCUGAGGGGAUACAGCGAGGUAGAAGCCUCAGCGCCUGCCUUCUAGGUUUGUACACCUGAACCAGUCGACUGAAAAUGCAAAGCGCUCCAGUGAGUGGUGCAGGCUGUUCAGAGGCGGGAGAGAUGGCAGUCAGCUGGAGUGCGUCAGGAAGGAUGCUGAUUUGAGCUGGGUGUGAUUUGGAAGAACCUGUUCCAGGUCCGGGAGAGCCAAAGCAAAGACUCGCAGGCCCUGCUGCCUCGUCAGAACCACCAAGCCUGUACCUGAAAGUGUCUCCCGGCCUUGGAGUGCUCAAGUUCUCUUGGACUCUCUGCUUCGUUCUGGAAAUAUGUGGGCUCCAGCUCUGGCAGUGUCAAAACAGUCCUGCUGCAGCUACUCCUUAGCCCAGGACCCGAGACAGAACCGUCCCUGUGGCAGCAGCUGGUGUCAUUUCGGGAGGCAGUGACAUUUGAGGUUGUGACCAGAGAUUGGAAGUGUCAAGAGACCUCUCAGAAGGAUUGCAGCAGGGCACAAUGCUGGACAGUUGCAAGAAGCCAGUCCCUCAGCGAUCCUUCUUCCAGUUAGUUCUCCAUGAUGCCACAGAGAGCUGGAAAUGAUCCCCCUGGGGUUUCAAAUCCAAGUGAAAUGGAAAAGGAGAUAAGUAACAUGAGAGAAAAGUUUCUCAUCAGCGUGACAAAGUUAGUGGAAAGCAAAAGUUACAACAGCAAGGUAUUUUCCAAAGAAAAGUACUUUCAAACAAUAAAGGAAGUGAAAGAAGCUAAGGAGAAGGGGAGGAAGUCAUCACGUGAUUAUCGCCGUGCAGCAAAAUAUGACGUGAUCUCUGUACAAGGCACAGAGAAACUAAUAGAGGCUACUCAUGGAGAACGAGAUCGAAUACGGUAUUAUGUACACAAGGAAGAGCUGUUUGACAUUCUUCAUGACACACAUCUCAGUAUUGGCCAUGGCGGGCGGACACGCAUGCUCAAGGAGCUUCAAGGAAAAUAUGGGAACGUCACCAAAGAAGUCAUUGUCUUAUAUCUGACUCUGUGUAAACAGUGCCACCAGAAGAACCCAGUAUCCAAGAGAGGCCUCGCACCCAAGCCCACGCCAUUUAAGGACAUUAACUCCAGAUGCCAAGUUGAAAUCCUUGACAUGCAGUCAAGUGCUGAUGGUGAGUUCAAGUUUAUUUUGUAUUACCAGGACCACUUGACCAAGUUUAUUAUUUUACGGCCAUUAAAAGCCAAAGAGGCCCAUGAGGUGGUCUCUGUCCUGUUGGAUAUUUUCACAAUUCUUGGUACACCCACGAUGUUAGAAUCUGACAGUGGCUUGGAGUUCACAAACCAGGUUGUCAAUGAGCUCAAUGAGGUAUGGCCAGACCUAAAGAUUGUCCCUGGUAGGUACCACCCUGGCCAAGGCCAGGGCUCCCUGGAGCGAGCAAGCCGUGAUGUCAAGAACAUGCUAAGUGCCUGGAUGCAGAGUCACCAUUCACAUCACUGGGCUGAAGGUCUGCGAUUCAUGCAGCUGGUGAGGAAUCAGGCCUUUGAUGUUUCCUUGCAGCAAAGUCCAUAUGAGGCGAUGUUUGGUUGUAAAGCCAAAUUUGGACUCUAUUCCUCACACUUACCCCGGGAAACUGUGUCUGUUUUACAAACAGAAGAAGAACUAGAAAUUGCUGAAGAACAGCUAGAAAGCAGCCUUUGGAUCAGGCAGGAAGAAAGAGCUGAGGUUGGAGCAGACCCAUCUGACAUGGACGAGGACGUCAAUUCCACUCCUCCCAAAGCUGCAGAGCCCAGCACCUCCCAAGGGGCCCCAGGUCUCUUCUGCUGGUGAACAGACACCUGCCUCUGGGCACCGUGUAGCCACCUGAGAACUGUUGCCAAGGCCCCAGAUGAAAGGAAUGAAGGCCACACUCUCAGGAAAGCUGUCCAUGGUAGUCCUGGCUCACAGAGGGAAAGCAACUUGGGUCUCUGAUCUCGGGCUGCCAUAAAAAAUUACCACAAAUGUGGAGGCAUAAAACAACAGCACUUCCUUCUCCCAUAGUUCUGGAGGCUAGAGGUCUGAAAUCAAGGUGUUGGCAGGUUCGUCCCUCUGGAGGCUCUGAGGGAGAAUCCAUCCCAUGCCUUUCUCCUUUGGUGGCUGCCGGCAGUCCUUGCAUCCCUUGGCCUAGAGUAGCACAAAUCCAGUCUCUGCCUCGUCUGCACGUGGGUCUUCUCCCCUCUGUGUGCUCCUUUUCUGUCUCUUACAAGGACACUGUUGGACACCAAAUCUAUGUCAUUGGACUUAAGGCCCAUCCUAAUUGAGGAUGAUCUCAUCUCAAGAUCCUUUUUAUUUACUUUUGGCUGCAUUGGAUCUUCGUUGCUGCGAGUGGGCUUUCUCUAGUUGCAGCGAGCGGGGUCUAC